AACGCCGCAUUUGCACCCUCCCCGACGCCCUCCCAAAACACAUUCACCGGAAGCCCCUCCGGCGUCGGCGCACUCCACCACGCAUAAAUGCCCUCGUCAGCACCCUCUUUCACAAGAUACGUCUCGCCAUCAACCUCAAUCUGGUCCAGUGCCGACCCAGCUCCACCCGCACCAUUGAACAAGAACGGAGUAUCAACACCAAAGGGUCGGUUUCCAUUCGUGGGUUCGUCGGCUUUGAAAGUACACAUCGUAAGUAAACUGCUGCGUAUACUCCAAUGCGCUCGACAGAAUCUGGGCGCCGCGCGAUACAGUGGCGACUGUUGCUGGAUAUGGAGCGGAACCAUCUUCGGGGACGAUGGUGAGGUAGAAGGGGCCUGUGAUCUGGGCGUAGACAGUGCUGGCAGCGGCAAGAGCGAGUGCUGCGGUGUGUGCGUAAGAGAAAUGCAUUUUGAAGCUGGUUUGGUGUAAAGUGUAGUGAAGAGGACUUGGCUGCAAGCGUGCUGGUCGUUUGUUUUGAGAACAAACAAACAAAUUAUAUACUGUUCUGAUGGGGAGUUUAAUUGGUGGAACAACAGUUGCUAAGACGAUAAUCCUCCCGAUGUCUCAUGCACAGAUUCAUCAUCAAAUGGCUCGUCGACACCUGUCGAGAAUCUUACCAG